ACUUAAAUAAAUCUAGCAUGCGCACGCCAUCGUACGAAAUGUUUCAAUUGUUGAUUGAACAAUUCUGUUUUGAAACGAACGUUAUUUUAUCAAUAUUAUUAUCUUAUUAUAAUUAGAAAUAGAGCAAAAAGUGAACAAAAAUAAUUCAUUAUAUACAUUAUCAUUAUUCUUAUGUUGAUUGAAAUAUAUUUAAAUGAAAUACAUGAAGAAGUAAAUGUCAGUAUUCUAACAUAACCUCAGUUUUUAUUAUUGAGAGUGAAAUUGAUAUUAUCAUUCUUUAAGUAUUUUUUCCUGAAAAGAAUUACAUUGUUAUAAAUACAUCAUUUCAAAAUGAAUAUAAGACUUUUAAAAGAUCCUGCUACUGUAAGUAGCCGUAUAUUUGUGGGUCACUUACAAACUGAUGAUAUGACUAAACUUGAAUUGGAAGAACAUUUUUCAAAAUACGGAACCGUUGUUGGUUCUUCAAUAAAUCGUGGAUUUGGCUUUGUUCAAUUUGAAGAAGAACAAUCUGCUCAAAAGGCUAUUCAAAAUGAAGAUGGUGCAAUGUUCAAAGGCAGAAGAAUAGAUGUUAGGCCAGCAAAAAAAGAUAAUCAAUCUAGUGGAGGUGCAGGAAAACAAUUAGGAGGACCUAAUAAUCAAUUUAAUUCUGGCAAUAAUCAUUUUAAUACUGGAAAUGAUCCUUUUAAUAAUGGAAAUCAAAGUUAUGGAGGAAAUUCAAAUUUUAAUGCAAACCAAAAUUUUAGUUGUGAUCCACAAUUGAAUGACAAUCAAAAAGGUAAUAAUAUGCAAAUUCGAGGAGGAAAUGAUCAAUUUGCAGAUGGAAAUCAGAAUAGAGAUAAUAUAAAUGAUCAAUUUGGAAAUCAAAGUCGAAAUAAUGGAAAUGAACAAUUUAACAAUGUAAUGCAAUCUAAAGGAAAUAAUAAUUUUAAUCCAAAUAAUCCAAAUAGAGGUGGUACUGAUCAGUUUAAUCAAAGCAGAGGUAAUCAAUUUGGACCAGCUGGAAAUCAAAAUAGACCUAGUGGAAAUCAAAAUCGUAAUACAAAUAAUCAGAAUCAAAGUGGUAGUGGGGGAGGUAUGAAUAAUGGAGGGAGUGGUCGACCAAGAGGUACCAGAGGUGGAAAAAAUCGAAAUAAAAAUAGAGAUAAUUCAGGUGGAAAUAACUUCAGAGAUCGUAGCCCUAUUAAUAGAGGUCCACGUUUAGAUGAUAAAAGUGGUAGAGAUUGGGAUCAUAAACAAGGAGAUAGAUUAAGAGGCAAUAAUUUUAAUAGAGAUUCAUUCAAUGAUAGCAAUAAUCGUUAUGAAGAUUUUAAAAACUCUACUUCUAGAGAUAUGAACAUGAGUUUUAAUAAUACAAGUACAUCAAAUGAAUAUUCAAAUGUAUCAACUGAAAAAAAUGAUUGUGAAAUCAUUGUUGUUAACAAAGUUUUAACAGAAUAUGCUGAGAGUAUUGAAAUGAGGUUAAAAAAAAUUGGAUUAACAGUUGAUUUAUUAUUUCCAAAUGAAGAUGUCCUCUUAAGUAGAGUUCUAGGAAAUAUUGCAAGUCGUGGAUGUUUAUAUGCAGUUGUAGUGACACCUAUUAAUCAAGAACAUCAUUCCUUAACUUUAAAUAUUCUUCAUGGUUUACCUCAAGAACAUAGAAAUAUGUUGGUUGAAGAUGCUAUUAAUUUAAUAUCGCGCGAUUUUGCUAAUUACAAAGCUGGUGGACGAUCAGUUCCAUUGAAUACACCUUUUGCAAAUGAACGACAUCCUGAUGCUAUUCAAGUUCUUUUAAAUAUGUUGGCUGAUAAUCAUCAAUUAACAGUAUUACAAUAUGAUCGAGUUAUAAAAUAUCUCGAAAUUAAACGUGAAGAACAAGUGCAAGUUGAAUUAGGAGAUGUAAAAGAUUUACCAACUACAACAACUACGAUAACAGUCAGUGACCCAAAACAAGCAGAAUUACAAUCUAGGAUACUUAAUAUCUUAAACAGUAAUAAAACAACUUCAUCUGCACCAGCACCAAGUCCAGUACCAGCUCCAACUUCAACACCAGCACCCGUUCCACCAGCUACUUGGGGAACAGCAUCAACUGCGACAACAGCAUCCACUACUACUACUACUACUACUACGGGAGUUUCACCAUCGCCUCUGCUAAACGAUCCAACAGUUCAAAAGGCACUUGACAGUCUCUUGCAAGGCAAUUUACUCAAAAGCAUCGGCGAUCGGCAACCGACCACAACUACAACACCUCUGUUCGCUGCUUUUUCGAAUAUCGGCCGAUUUUAAUUCAUUUCAAUUUUAUUUAUCAUAUAAUGAAUAAUUGGGGAUUUGGAUCUCCUUUAUUUUUCUCAUAUUUAUACUCUCUCUGACUCUGAAGUAGUUACUCUUGAUUUAAUGAAAUGACAAUUUUAUGAUAACAUUUGAUAAGAAAUCAGAAUUCUGGUAGGAUUGCAUUCAAUUGCAAUAAUUGGAAUAUUUUUCUAAUAAAGUGUUAGUAUGCUUUUAUUUGUAUCAAAAAGAUAUAUUUUAAAUGUAGAAUGAUUCACAAAUUCUAUAAACGUUGUUUACGUGAUUUACAAAAGUAGGUAUACUAAUACUUGUUUAUACAGAUAUUUGUUCAAUUUUUUCAUUCUUAGGAAAAAAUAUUUUAGUUCAGUAUAUUUCAUAUUAUGUAAAUGAUAAAGAAACAAAAUAUUAGAGAAGUGUAAUGUUUUUUAUUAUUAGUUCUAUAUUUCUUCCAUACUUAUUCUUUUUUAUUAUUAUAAAGCUAGACAAGGAUUAAAUAUACCUUAAAUAUUAACAAAUUUAAUGUAUAAUCAUACAUUCAACUUUAUUAAUUAUAGUUUCUUCUGAUAAAAAAUACUUGAAUAUGUAACAUACUGAUUUAUAGUAAUUGACAAUUUGACUAAAUAAUUCAUUAUAUUUGGCUUAACAUUUAAAGUUCAUUAUCAUAAUUUUAAUUAAUUGCCAUGUUUAUCUUUAUUGCUUUUAUAGUUUUUAUUAAUAUCAUAAGAUUACAAUGUGACAUUUAAUUAGUUUAUAUUAUAAAAUAAUUUAAUAUUUUAUAAUAUAUUAUAAAAUAAGAUCAACAAAAAUUCAUUUCGGUAAAUUUACAAGCCUCAUAUGCUUUAAUGUAAAAAUAUAUUGUAUAUGUGAGUAAAGCAUUUGAUUUUUACAGUAAAUGAUGUAAAAUACAUAAUAUAUCAAUUUUUCUAUUGCAUUAUUGAAAAUAUGAUAUAGAUUUUUAAAUUUUUUCAUUAAUGAAUUUCAUUAUCUAUGUUACAUGUUUUUAAUUAGUUUGGAUAUUUACACAAAUGUAUCGUGUAUAAGAAGCUAUGCACAUUUUUUUAGGAAUUAGAUAAAUAUCAUGUAUAACUUCAAUAAAAUGUUUUUAGGAAUA